UCUCUGAGCCUGACAGACGCAGCAAAUGACGUCGCUGGAGAUAAUCAUUCUGAUAUAGUUCUGCGAACCGUGAGUUGCUCCUGGAGAGAAUGUUGCUAUCUAUCUGGAUCUUAUACGCGGUCUUUUCCACUUUGAACAUCGCAAAUGCUUCGGAGUAUCACCACAACCCACGAAUAAUUCUGACGCCGAAAGAUAUGACAUUCAGGAGGCACAGCCGCAAUGGGACACAUGACCGCACCGAGAUCGUUCAGGGACCACACAAUGACAGCAUUUAUGUUGGAGGCCACGGAACGCUGUCCUACAUUGAUUUCCAGAACCCCAGCCAGUCAAAAGAGGUCACCUUGUUUGAAAAUGAAUGUAAGGACCAAAAUUCAACUGACAGCUGUGAACAUGACAUCACCAUCCUGCAUACAUUCAAAGGAAGAACAGACAUUUUUGUUUGUGGAACAAAUGGCAUCCUCCCAGUGUGCUGUUAUAUGAAACAAUCUGAAUUUGGCACCUGCUCAUCAUUUCCAGCUGAAGGAAUAGCUCCAUUCUCUGUGAAAGAGAAAGCACCAUCCCUCUACAUUGAGGAGGAGCUUUUCACCACUGCCAACCUUGACGCCCGAGGCGAUGGGGUGGGCAUCCGUAGGCACUUUGGGACAAACGGCAAACUCUCAGCACCUGCCAGUAAAACAGAGCAGAGAUUUGUGGCCAUGGCAAUAAGUGGGCCCAGGGCUGAUCCACUACAGGACAGAAUCUACGCCUUUUUGGCACAGAGGAAUCGGGAUAAGCACCCAGACGCUGACCGUUGGGUUUCCCAGGUUGUCCAGGUGUGCAAGGUAGAUCGCGGUGGAACCAAAAAUAUUCUGGAGGGGCUCUGGACCUCGCUCCUGAGUGCCCGGCUUUACUGUGGAAUUCACUUCAGCAAGAUUCUGGAUGUGGAUGUCCUGCAUGCAGCCAACUGGAGAGACAGCAAGGUGUAUGCACUCUUCACCAAUGUAUGGGGCAUGAGGGCAGUGUGUGUGUACACCUUGGGUACUAUUGAUGACGUCUUCAUGAACUCAAAAUUCAAAAACAGUGGAGGGCCUUCACCAAACAGUCGGAAUAGAACGUGCGUUGAAAACAGCCAGAAUCUCCCCCGGGAAGUGCUAAGGCAAAGGAAAGACUACCAAGAGCUGAAAGAUUGGAUCAGACCUGUGAAUGACAAGUCCCCCUUCAUGGUCAGUCACCGCCACUACAGACACAUCAGGGCUGACACUGUGAUUGGCAGGGGCGGUGUACAGCACACCGUCUUAUUCUUAUCUCUGGACAGCGGGAAGGUGCACAAGGUGCUGGAGCAGGCAGGUCCAACUUUUGUCAUCGCUGAGCUGCAGCCUUUCGGCAACAGAACCCACAUCCAAAACAUGCUACUGCAGUCAUCCACGAAGAAGAUGUACGUGAGCUCCAGCACUGAGGUCGUGGAACUGGACCUGCACAGCUGCAUGGAAUAUGGCCAACGGUGCGAGGAGUGUGUCCAGGCCAGAGACCCCUACUGUGGCUGGGAUGGGACCAAAUGCACUGCAGCCUCCAGUGACACGGUUCAGGAUGUGGAGCAUGGAAACUAUACGGUGUGCGAAGAAGCAGGUAAGACCGACAAAUAUGUGGCACCUCGCAAAGUUGACUACCUCCCCCCAUCGGCCAGGUACGUCCUGCAGUGCCCCACUCUGUCUGGCCAUGCCCAAUACAGCUGGCACCACCAUGGAAAGACGACAGAAUGCACCCGGGCAGAGGGGCAAUGCCUGCUGCUCAUAGAGAACAUGUCCCCUGCAAUGGAGGGCACCUACAGCUGCGUGUCCUCAGAGAGGGGCUACGAGAGAACGCUGGUAGAGUACGAGCUGCGGAUCGAGAGCAUAGCCACAACCAGCAAUCAGGACCCGGUGCUGCAGCCAGCCACGUAUAAUGUGAAUUUGAUGUCCAGCCGUAAGGAACUGGACCUGCACAGCUGCAUGAAAUAUGGCCAACGGUGUGAGGACUGUGUCCAGGCCAGAGACCUCAACUGCACCUGGGAUGGGACCAUAUGCACUGCAGCCUCCAGUGACACGGUUCAGGAUGUGGAGCAUGGAAACUAUAUGGUGUGCGAAGAGGCAGGUAAGACCGAAAGAUCUAUCAGUUCACGAAAAUUUUACAACGUCCCCCCAUUGGCCAAGCACGUCCUGCUGUGCCCCACUGUGUCUGGCCAUGCCAACUACAGCUGGCACCACCAUGGAAGGACGACAGCGUGCCUCCAGGCAGAAGGGCAAUGCCUGCUGCUCAUAGAGAACAUGUCCCCUGCAAUGGUAGGCAACUACAGCUGCGUGUCCUCAGAGGGGGGCUAUGUGAGAACGCUGGUAGAGUACGAGCUGCUGAUGGAGAGCAGGGCCCCAGGACUGGACUCUUCUCUACUGGCCUCAGUCGUCGUCCUGAUUUGCCUGAUCCUGCUCCACUAGUCAAACCAGCAGCCAUUCGAACCGCUGCAGCGCUUGCUCGGGCUGGUAGGCCUAAAAAAACUGCGCUUCUUUUUGGUCCAAGUUGAGCACCGAGCCCCAGUGCAAUGAUAGGGACACAGUGAAGUAGGAGACAUUCAAGGUCCUGAUUUACAGUAAUCGUUACAUAUGCCAUUGAUGUUUUUCAUAAAGCAAAAUCCUGCCUUACAUUAAAAAGUCUUCUAAGUCUUAAUGUUUAAACUUGAAUACAUGAAAAAUAUAUUUUAGUUUUUUUUU